AUGAGUCUCCAGCGUGCGGAUCGAUCGGUGAAAUACCCGCGAGCGAUUGUGGAGAACAUGUUAGUGAAAGUGGACAAGUUUGUCUUUCUUGUUGACUUCAUGAUCCUAGACAUGGAUAAGGAUGCUCAUGUACCGUUGAUUCUAGGUCGACCAUUCCUAGCUACCGUAAGAGCAUUGAUUGAUGUUUAUGAUGUUAAGCUAACGCUUCGCGUAGAGGAUGAGAUGGUCACCUUUGAUAUCAAUAGGUCGAUGACUCAUCCUAGAGAGCACGACGAUACUCUCUACUUCGUUGACACCAUCAUGUCACAUGUGGGUCGUUGCUUGAGUUAG